UCGGGGGGCGGAGUACAGUCGUUUGUUCACUUCUGCGGGCGAGUCGACGAGAAGCUGAAAGACUCGCACUAGCGGUUAAUGAACAUUCGCAAACUCCUCUUAAUAGUUCUGUCGACCUCGAGUGUUGGCUCGCUUUUCGACCUCAGCACACUUGCACGGGAAGCUGUUGAAGAGAACGGACAGAAGGCCGGGGUGUGAGUGCGGCUCAGAGGGAGUCAAGCUGUCCGGGCUGCAGGGGGCGCACCACCGGGCUAUGUGCUGCAGAAAGGCUGUGGUGAAGAAAAAAGCCCAGACAAUUGUGAAAAGGUAGAUCACGGGGUGGGGACUGGCUCUAGUGGACGGAGCCCCACAGGAAAAAGCCCUUUGCUUGUUUUCGAGCCCAGCUGUUGGCAGCUGUGGAGGUUGCCAUGGCGACGGUGGUGUGAAGGAGCAGAGGAGGCAGAUCAGCCACAGAGCUUGUGCUGUUGUUGGUGCUGAUGCAGGACGACAUGUGUGGGAAGGGCUUGAUGUGCCAGUGGAGGGGCUAUGGGGGCGGACCCCCAUAUCCCGAGCCCCAGGAGCACUCGGCCAGGUGGGAGCGGAAGCGUGGCUGCCACAGGGGUGCACGAAGGCAGCACAGAUGUAGGGGGCAAAGUGGCAACCGCCCUCAGGGUCAUCGUCUGCCCUACGCGAGGCAGCACCGACUAGGGCCCUGGCUCCCGGGGAACGUGUCGCUGCGGCCCAUCAAUAACCAGGGCAGCCGGGCGCCAGGGAUGAGGGCCCCUAGAAACACAAACCAGUUUCUCAUGCACGAGAAGUACCAGAUGAUGCACAUGCGCUCGGACUCAGUGGGCACGGACAGCGGCUCGGACUGCGACAUGGACUUCACCGACAUGGACUCCUACCUGGGCACCCUGGAGAAUGCCCGGGGCGCCCUCAUGGAUGCCCUCGUGGAUGGCCCCAAGUCCCUGAUGUCACCUGUCCUCCGUGAGGAGAGCAUGCAGUAUUUCCCGUCGGAGGACGACGUGAUGCAGAGCGAGGACUUCAUGCAGAAGGACUUCAUCGAGUUCUGCAGCGCGCUUGGCUCGGUGGCGCCACACGAAGUGCCAUCAUUGUCUCUCUGUUAGACUGUUUGCUCAUGAGUAUUCGUCACCGUGUUUGGUAGAGGUGGGCAUUCAGGUCAGCGGUCACUUGUGAGAACGUUCAUGUUUAUGCAGAACGGUCAUUGUAAAUACUGUAAAUGUGGUACAAUAAAUGUGACAAAAUGA